AUGUCAUUCUCGGUUUCAGGAAGUAAUAGCAACUCUAGAAAUUCAGCACCUUCAUCGCCUGAGACUCCUUCAAGAAGAUUCAGGGCAUUGAACGAGAUCUAUGAAUCUUGCAACUUCACUUCCAUAGAGCCUAAAAAUUAUGCAAUAGCCUCUAAAGAACAAGUUUGGGUGGAUGCAAUGAAGGAGGAGAUUAGAAUGAUUGAGAAAAAUAAUACAUGGGAGCUGGUUGCAUAUCCUUGCAGCAAGGAUCUUAUUGAAGUUAAGUGGGUAUACAAAACAAAACUCAACCCAGAUGGUUCUUUAAAUAAAUGUAAAGCAAGAUUGGUUGCAAAGGGCUAUUCACAAUCGGAUGGGAUAGAUUUCAAUGAAACCUAUGCACCUGUAGUUAGGUUGGACACCAUCAGAACAAUAGUUGCACUUGCAGCUCAAAGAAGUUAA